UCCUCCCCACUCCGCUUCCCCCCUCUUCUCCCCCGCCCCUCUGGCCGAGCGGUGACUUAAGCAACGGAGCGCGGUGAAGCCCAUUUUUCUCCUUCCUCGCCGCCGCGCUGGGCAGCUCGCGGCGCGUGGCCCGCACACUCCCGCCCGAGAUGAAUGCUGCGGCAGACGCCGAUUUCAACAUCCUCCUAGCUACUGACUCCUACAAGGUUACUCACUAUAAACAGUACCCACCCAAUACCAGCAAAGUUUAUUCCUACUUUGAAUGCCGUGAAAAGAAGACAGAAAACUCAAAAAUAAAGAAGGUGAAAUACGAGGAAACAGUAUUUUAUGGGUUGCAGUACAUUCUUAAUAAGUACUUAAAAGGUAAAGUUGUGACCAAAGAGAAGAUCCAGGAAGCCAAAGAGGUGUACAGAGAGCAUUUCCAGGAUGAUGUCUUUAAUGAAAAGGGAUGGAACUACAUUCUUGAGAAAUAUGAUGGACAUCUUCCAAUAGAAAUAAAAGCUGUUCCUGAGGGCUAUGUCAUUCCCCGAGGAAAUGUUCUCUUCACAGUGGAAAACACAGAUCCAGAGUGUUACUGGCUUACAAAUUGGAUCGAGACUAUUCUUGUUCAGUCCUGGUAUCCAAUCACAGUGGCCACAAAUUCUAGAGAGCAGAAGAAAAUAUUGGCCAACUAUUUGCUGGAAACCUCUGGUAACUUAGAUGGUCUGGAGUAUAAGUUACAUGAUUUUGGCUACAGAGGAGUUUCUUCCCAAGAGACUGCUGGCAUAGGAGCGUCUGCUCAUUUGGUUAACUUCAAAGGAACAGACACAGUAGCAGGAAUUGCUUUUGUUAAAAAAUACUAUGGAACGAAAGAUCCUGUUCCAGGCUAUUCUGUUCCAGCAGCAGAACACAGUACCAUAACAGCUUGGGGGAAAGACCGUGAAAAAGAUGCUUUUGAACAUAUAGUAACACAGUUUUCAUCAGUGCCUGUAUCUGUGGUCAGCGAUAGCUAUGACAUUUACAAUGCAUGUGAAAAAAUAUGGGGUGAAGAUCUAAGACAUUUAAUACUGUCAAGAAGUACAGAGGCACCACUAAUAAUCAGACCUGAUUCUGGAAAUCCUCUGGAUACUGUAUUAAAGGUUUUGGAUAUUCUGGGUAAGAAGUUCCCUAUUACUGAGAACUCAAAGGGCUACAAGUUGCUACCACCUUAUCUUAGAAUUAUUCAAGGGGAUGGAGUAGAUAUUAAUACUCUACAAGAGAUUGUAGAAGGCAUGAAGCAAAAAAAAUGGAGUAUUGAAAACAUUGCUUUCGGUUCUGGUGGAGCUUUGCUACAGAAGUUAACAAGAGAUCUGUUGAAUUGUUCCUUCAAGUGUAGCUAUGUUGUAACCAAUGGCCUUGGGAUUAAUGUCUUCAAGGACCCCGUUGCUGAUCCCAACAAAAGAUCCAAAAAGGGCCGAUUAUCUUUACAUAGGACACCAGCAGGGAAUUUUGUUACACUUGAGGAAGGAAAAGGAGACCUUGAGGAAUAUGGUCAUGAUCUUCUCCAUACUGUCUUCAAGAAUGGGAAGGUGACAAAAAGCUAUUCAUUUGAUGAAAUCAGAAAAAAUGCAGAGCUGAAUAUCGAACUGGAAGUAGCGCCUCAUUAGGGUUUAUGACUGGGUGUGCGUGCUCGCCUGCGUGUGUGUGUACACGUGCAUGCAUGCACGUGGGCACCGGCGUGUGAGUAUGUAAUCAUGUUUAUUGUACAGAUGUGGGGGGUUUCUUUGUGUUUUAUGAUACAUUACAGCCAAAUUAUUUGUUGGUUUAUGGACAUACUGCCCUUUCAUUUUUUGUUUUUUUCCAGUGUUUAGGUGAUCUCAAAUUAGGAAAUGCACUUAACCAUGUAAAAGAUUAAUGAUAAGUAAGCUUUUUAGGGCCCUUUGCCAAUAGAUAGUAAUUCUAUCUGGUAUUGAUCUUUUCACAAAUAACCGAACCCAGAAACUUUUAUAUAUAACUGAAGAUCACAUAAAACAGAUUUGCAUAAAAUUAUCAUUGAUUGCUUUAUGUUUAUAUUUAACUUGUAUUUUUGUACAAACAAGAUUGUGUAAGAUAUAUUUAAAGUUUCAGUGAUUUAACAGUCUUUCCAACUUUUCAUGAUUUUUAUGAGCACAGACUUUCAAGAAAAUACUUGAAAAUAAAUUACAUUGCCUUUUGUCCAUUAAUCAGCAAAUAAAACAUGGCCUUAACAGAGUUGUUUGUGUUAUUGUACAAUUUGAAAGUUAUGUCAGGACAUACCCUAUAGAAUUACUAACCUCACUGCCCCUUGUAGAAUAUGUAUUAAUCAUUCUACAUUAAAGAAAAUAAUGGUUCUUACUGGAAUGUCUAGGCACUGUACAGUGAUUAUAUAUGUUGGUCAUUGUAUUGUACCAGUGAAAUGCCAAAUUUGAAGGCCUGUACUGCAAUUUUAUAUGUCAGAAUAUAUUGCCUGUGGCUCUAACAUGCACCUCAAGAUUUUAAGGAGAUGUUUUUAGAGAGAAUUUCUGCUUCCACUACAGAAUAUAUACAUAAAUGUAAAAUACUAACAAAAGUGGAAGUAGUGUAUUUUAAAGUAAUUACACUUCGGAAUUUAUUUUUCCUAUUCUAUAGUUGAUAUGACUGAAAUGAAUUACUGGAAUGGGUAGUGAGUGUACUUAUUUUAAAUGUUUUGAUUCUGUUAUAUUUUUCAUUAAGUUUUUUUAAAAAUUAAAUUGAAUAUUAAAUUGUA